AUGGCCUCUGGUAAGCAUGAAGUGAACCCUAUUGACAAGGGAAGACGAACUCGCUCUGCCUCGACUCCUCGCUCUACCUCAACUCCUCGCCGCGGCUCUACGGUCGGCAUCCAGAAGCGUUCAUUCAGGAGAAGCACAACACGCCAAGCUUCCACCGCGGGUACGGAGACGUCCGAGCCAACUGAGGCUCGCAAACGUGAAGGUGCAAAAUCCUUCCGUUUCCUGGAUCUCCCUGGAGAGAUCCGGAACAGAAUCUACGAGUACAUGUGUGUCGAGGAGACACAACUUGUACUUGUUCACCGGCCACGCAUCGCCUCUCUACGUCCUCGUACCCGGCUUGACCGAAGCCGCACCCUCCCCUCAGACAUCACUGCCCAGGAGUAUGACGAGAGACUGUCAAGCGAUAGCAGCAUCACCAAUGGCCCCGAAACCGAGAUUAUUCCUCGAGAGACCAGCCGUCCAUUCUGGGGUUUGACGCAGGCGAGCCGGCAGCUCAGGUGGGAGUUUCGCCCUCUCUACUUUAUCAACCAGGAGAUCGGCGUUGACCUAACCAACAUACCCGGUUAUGUCAACGCCUUCUAUGCCUCUGCCACGAGAGAGCUUGCCACAAUCGGUCCUUCAGGCGAACGGGACUCGACCCUGUCUUUCGUCGGCAAUAUCACGGUCGCAGUUCGCGAUACGGCCAUCAAAGAAGAACGUGGCCCUAGGGGCAUCGAAGUGCUACCUCUGCUUGAGAUUUUGAUGAACGGUUUCUCACUGCAGGUGGGAUUCGGUCGCUUUGUGACGAGUCGGUACUCCACGGGUGGCUACCAAUGGCAGAGCGAUGUAGAGAUAAAGGAUCUCUACCGCCUCCUUGGCCAUCAAAUCCGAAGGGAUUACUCUUACACCGAGACGAACGAGCGCUGGGAAGAGAUCCUGCGCUGCAGGUCUCUUGCUUCAGUGCGUGUCCAUCGCGUUCCGAUGACAAUAUAUGUCGCAGCACCAGGAUGGGUCAUCCCUCCAAAACUCCUCGCCAUUUCCAUUCCUAUACUCCCCGCAAAUGGCGUCUACCCGCCCAAUGUCCAGAUAUUCCGUGUACCAGUGGUAUCAAGGCCGUACAUACACCUCAUCUUCCGGAGGGAGAAGGCCGAAGCCUGGAUGACAGAUUUCGAGUCUGUCAUCCCUAAUAAUUGGCUGGCCCAGCACGGCUUUGACAACAUGGAACAUUUCGAGGUCAAGGUGGGGGUUGAAGAGUAG